AUUCAAAUCUCUGCUCGCAGCUUGCUUAACCGACGGGCAAUAACGCCACACCCCUCCAUCUCUUUCCUUUUUUCUUCAUAUAUUAUCAAAUCACACAUAUAAAUUUAUGUAUUUUCUAUUUUCGGUUUCCGAUUUGGGGUGCGGAUUAUAUUUUUUCUGGGAUUUUCUGGCCCUGUUUCCCUUCCAAUCUUCUCAAAUCCGACUUGUUAGGAUUUGAAUAGAUGGAGCAGCAAUCAUCGGCGCAAGAAGGAGGGCCGCUCGUGGCGGCGGCGGCGGUUCCGAAACCGGCGGUGGAGUCGCCGACAUCGCUCGCUCCGGGGUUUAGGUUCCACCCCACGGAUGAGGAGCUCGUCCGGUACUACCUCCGCCGUCGGGUCUGCGGGAAACCGUUUCGGUUUCCGGCGGUUUCUGAAAUCGACGUCUACAAAUCUGAGCCAUGGGAACUUGCAGAAUAUUCAUAUCUGAAUACUAGAGAUCUUGAGUGGUACUUUUUCAGUCCCGUGGACAGAAAGUACGGAAAUGGGUCUCGUCUUAAUAGAGCAACCGAUAAAGGCUAUUGGAAAGCGACAGGAAAAGACCGCCCUGUCCGUCACAAGUCUCAGACUGUUGGCAUGAAGAAAACACUCGUUUUCCAUUGCGGACGAGCUCCUGAUGGAAAGAGAACAAAUUGGGUGAUGCACGAGUAUAGACUCUCAGAUGCAGAUUUGGCGCAUGCUGGGGUUGCUCAGAAUGCAUUUGUGCUCUGUAGAAUUUUCCAAAAAAGUGCCUUGGGACCUCCGACUGGUGACAGAUAUGCACCUUUUGUCGAGGAAGAUUGGGAUGAUGAUUCUGCUCUUGUGGUUCCUGGAGGAGUAGCCGAGGACGAUUUGGCUAAUGGUGAUGAUGCACCAGUUGAAGGCAACCAUGUCCAGUUGCAGGGUGACGAAUGUAAGGCUCCUACGAGUCCGGUUGUCGAACCCCCAUUGUCACUUCCAUUUGCUUGUAAAAGAGAGAGAUCCGAAGAGGACCCCGAACCUCUCUCUUUGACCCAAAGCAAAAGGUGCAAUAUAAACGAUGGUCCCACCUCAAGCCACUUAAAUGGUUCAGAAGAUUCGACCACAACAAGCCAUGACCCACUAACCUUGACGAUGACGAUGAUGACGACAAAUGAUGACUCCCAACCCACUCUCUUGGAAUUCCCUUUGUUGGAAAACCGAACCCCCACCACUAAUGCCACCUUUGAUUCAUCCACGCUCGAGAAGUCCGUGCCUCCGGGGUAUUUGAAGUUCAUUAGCAACUUGGAGAAGGAGGUCUUGAAUGUGUCCAUGGAGAGGGAGACUUUGAAGAUUGAAAUGAUGAGGGCUCAAGCCAUGAUUGACAUUCUCCAAUCGCGCAUCGACCUCUUCAACAAGGAGAAUGAGGACCUAAGGAGGGUCGCCGGAGGAAGGGGAUGAUGAUGAUGAUGAUCACUCAUGCACCCCACCCCUUGUUAGCAAAAUGCUAGUUUAACCCCAAAGAUGACACAAAGGUUGCCACUAUCAUAGAAUUGUGAUAGUGGCGGUGUUGAUUUUGAUGUCACCCGUGGUGUGGUUAUAGCACGAUCUUUGUUCUUAUUUUGUAGGUUUUUUCUAUCACUUUUCGCAUCUCAUGUGAUUGCCACCUCUCCUAAUCGACUAGUCUCGAUGAAGAGGAGUGGGACAUCAAUGAAACGUGAAAAGUGUGAUAAAAUUGAAAUUUCUGAUUACAACUUUUUUUCUCUAUAAUAAUGUCGAUCAUCUGAGAUGACGUUCUAUACCGUCUUCAGAAAAAGUGGAAGACGUGUAAAGGGAUGCUGGAUAUGUUCCUAUUUCUGUUAGACAAACUUUUAAAUACUAUCUUUUGUGUAAUGUAAAUGAGGAAAUCAGUAGAGCUGUGAAUAUAUGUUGUACCACAGCUUGUUGGUUAGGUUAAAAUACUCCCUCAUUUUUUUAGUUUUUCCCUUGAAAGCAUUGGGUGGAAAUGGUCAACUACAACUAUGUUCUCUUCACUUGAUUAAAUUGAAAUAACUUUUAACUUAAUUU